AUGAGUGCGCAUACAUCUUCGGACAGUUCUUCCAACUUUGAGUGGGACGAGUACUUGGUUAAGACCAAUGGUAAACCAGCGGACCCAAAAUGUUUCAAACAAUCCCUCGUCCCGCCAGAAAAUCGUUUCGAAGUGAAUACCCUAUUAGAGGCGGAGGAUCAGCGAAGCGCGGCUUUGGACGUACAAACCGCACCCAGUUUCUCCAUCGACCCGAAUAAGACUCGUACCAGUUCGGGGUUGGCUGGCUCCACAUCCGGUUCUGGUGCCCCUUCAGGUGCCGCUAAUGCUGGACUGGGCUCUGGCGCCGGUAGGCGUACCAGUUUGAUGAGCAGUCACCAUCCGCUCGGUACACUCAGACGAUUUCGUGCAGCCGCGUUUAGCUUGGCCCGCGUGAUCGAAGUCUGGGGUGCAAGGUUGCGUAUUCGCCUCGUUGGUACUGAUGAUCGAAAUGACUGUUGGUUCCUCGUUGAUUCCGACCAGAUUCGACCUUAUCCAUCCGGGAAUCCCUUACAACCGCCUUUUGGAUAUAUUCAUAAUCAUCUCGUUUGGAAUCGGACAUUAAAAAGAGCCACUGAAGGAGCAAAAUUUGCUGAUUCUUCUUGGUUCAUCGAGGUAUACAUGGAGAAAGCCUUCCCUGCAGUCAUAAUUCGCAAACAUUUACUGGAAUACUUUUUGUCUUUGAUCGAAGAUGAGCAACAUAGCAUGAAAUCUGAAGUGUACAUUCUCAUGGGCAUGCAUCCGGUCAAGAAAGCUUGGGUGUUUGUGCAUCCGCACCUACUGAUCCACGCUAUCAUAAAAGCUGAGUUCAAACACACAUUGAAUCAGCCGUUGAUGUAG